AUGGACAGAAGCAACACGACUGGAAACAAUGAGCAAGUCGCAGGAAGCGACCUGCAUGCUCUGAUUGCGCUCACCAGGAAGUUGCAUCGGCUCACCAAAUACGCGGAGGGGUUAUCAGAGCAGCAAUACGAGAUUCUCACAGCUAUGCAAGAUCGGGCGGCAAAGUACCAAACUGGGCUACUCGAAGAUGAUGCCUUGUAUGCACCAUAUCAGCUAAGCCGGCUAGAGUACAAGGACCAUGCUGCGAAGAUUGCAGAGAGACUCUUUCGUUCGAUGAACCUGGACUCGGAUUCGAAGCCGGCGACCAGUCUACCCAAGCAUUCCGCACGACGUAUAGAGGUUAACCAGCGCCAGAUCAUCGCGAAGCUGUGUGAGUGGUACGCAAAGCGUGUGUUAUCUUUCAGGAGAGAUGUUAGCAUCGCGGGUCAUGCUCUAGCGCCACUCAUCAUGCUUGCGGCUUUUGAAUUCAUCUGUGAAAUGGAUGCGAAGCUGAUAGAAAGCAUGAUCUUCAAGGAGGAAUUGCGCAAGCGACUGGACAGGGUGCCAAUAAGUCGCGAGUGUCAGGAGUGGAAGGAUUUGAAUUCCUGGAAGGCUGAUGUUGUGGAAGUGGUGCUGCAUUUUGCCAGAAAUGACCAACGCAGAUUCACGGAGACAGAUUACGAGGGCGUGUUUCGGUAUCUCGUCGAGCAUGGUGUGAUGAAAGAGAUUCGCAGCGAAAGGUAG